AUGGCAUCUCUUGGUGUCUACUAUCUGUCAGUAUUUACAUACUCCAUAGAUGCCAAAGAUGGGGGCAAUCCUACCAGCAUCUUCCUCAACGCCGACGACUUGAGCUCGGAAGAGAUGCAAUCCCUUACCAAAGAGAGUGGUCAUGAAUGUGGAUUUGUCCUAUCCGGCACUACCAACAAUGAAUCUCGUUCCGACUUCACGAUGAGAUAUUGGGUGCCAAACUACGAAAUGGAAAUGUGCGGCCACGCAACUGUCGGUGCUGUCUGGAUCAUGGACCAGCUAGGAUUAUUACCCCGGACCGAAAGAAUAUCCAUUUCGACAAAAUCCGGCAUGGUCGAAGCACGGGUCGAUCGUGCAGGAUUAGAACCUCGCGUCUUCGUGUCCCAGCCCACAGGCUCUGUGGAGGACAUAUCUGAUGCGCAUGUUCUUGAAAUCAUGCCUUGCUUGGGAAUCACCCAAGAAGAGCUCGCACCGGGCUAUAAGGUCCAGAACGCUCGCACAUCUCGAACAAAAACGUUGGUCCCUUUGAAAGAUCGAGGAAUCCUCAACAACUUGAAGAUUGAUUCGAACUCUGUCUCUCAAAUAUGCGAAAAGAUCAAUUCCACGGGUCUCUAUCCCUAUGCAGUGAUCGAUGCGGAAAAUCAAAUCGUCGAAGCACGACAAUUCCCCAAAUCCGCUGGUUAUCCAGAGGAUCCGGCAACUGGUAUCGCAGCAGCGGCGCUUUCGUUUGGCCUCCUAGAUGAUGGCAUUUUGUCAAUUGGAACUACCAAGCCUCUUGUCGUGAGACAGGGAUGGGCUAUGGGAAAGCCAUCCGAGAUUCAAGUCCAGUUCGGACUGCACGAGGGCAAUGUCGACGGAUGCUGGAUUUCAGGGAAAGUCAGACGGAUCGCUUAG